GCCACAUUGACUUAACCGUGGAGCUCGUUUUUUAAUCCCGACUCGGUCACCAUUCGGAUGGGUUGAGCCAAGAUGUCGUGCCUUUUGCCGCUGUUGCAGCUCCGGUAACCUUUCCUCAUGUUAACCCUUGGGGGAGGAGGGAUUCUUGAGUGCUGUUGCACAACUAUUACUUUCCGACUUCUGCUGUUCGAGUCUGGCAACAACAGAACUGUAAGUGGUGUGCUUUCGGCGUUCACGGCGAGACAUGUCAAAUCUCAUUUUUUUAAAGGCGAUCGUUGUAAAUGACCUGUGUGUGUGUGAGAAUGAGGGAUACCAACGGGAGGAUUUCGUGGCUCUACGCGUGAUGAUGGGGAUUCCACCAGUAUGGGCGCUUGGCGCUGGCCAGACUGGAUGAGGAAGUGAGGCUGGGAGAGAGAAGUCUGCAGAGAGAGAACGGCUACCUGGGACUGCGACAGGAGAGGACCUUUGGGCAGGUUCCUGCAGCUUGUGUCAGGGUGGAGUUACCUGACCCAUGGAGAAUUACUUCCAGGCAGAGGCCUUCAACCUGGACAAGGUGCUGGACGACUUUGAACAGAAUCAAGAUAAUGAGACAGACAGUCCCACUCUGUCUGAUGCUAAGUGGAGUCAGAUCCUGGCCCCUCCGACCCACUUCCUGUCUCUGAACCCUGCUCUGGCUUUGACACCUGACCCCAGGGACGGGGACUGUCCCCUCCCCUUCAAGACCCUCCCGGCCCCCGACCCGUCCUCUAGCGACUUCCAGGGGCCUGACUCCAAACGCCACCCCACUGCCAAGCCUCCUUCCUGGGGAGAGGAGAGGCCAGGCCGCACUGCGGACGUCCACAGCCCUCCGCUCCCCCAACCCAACAUCGGCAAGCUGGUGGGGGGUGAGGAGGGCUUGUCUCCCCCUGUGCCGGCUUCCUCUAGCCCCCCUCCUUACAACCACCCGGCCCUGGAGAACGGCUUCACCUCUACCAGCCCUGCUCUCAACGGGCUCAGUGAGGAACCCUGCCAGGGGACCCCUUCAAACCACCACCAGCCUGCCUCCUCUGACCCACGUCCUGAUGCCCCUGUGGAGGGUAGGGAGGGGGAGAGGAGCGGUGGAAGCUCUCACAUUAGUCAUUCACACUUUACCUAUGAGGAGAGACUGGGAGGGGACAGACAGGUGGCAGUAGAAGAGUCUAACCCCCGGUUGGAGCCAGAGAGCGCUUGGAGUGGGUCACCCAUACAGGAGAGGGACGGAGAGGAGGCUGACAUGGCUGGGGGACAGUCACAGGACACUGGGGAGAGAGGACAGAAUGGAGGAUGGAGAGGGGGAACACUGGGAGAAGACUCUGGGGGGAACGUACAGAAUGGAGGAUGGAGAGGGGGAACACCGGGGGAAGACUCUGGGGGGAACGUACAGAAUGGAGGAUGGAGAGAGGGAAGACCGGGAGAAGACUCUGGGGGGAACGUACAGAAUGGAGGGGUGAUGGAAGAACUGAGAGGGAGGAGAAAGGAGUGUAGGAAGUCUUCUCAGAAGGAGAAGCGGUUGAACGGAGAGCUGGAGAAGAGUGGAGGUCAGAACGGAGAGAUGGCUCUCACCAAUGGCCUGGCUACCGCAGGGGAAGACGAGGAGAGAGGGUCUCUCACCCCUCCCCCCUCCAAGGAGGACUCCGUAACAGAAGAGAAGGAGAUGGAGGAGAGCAAGCAAGAGAACGAAGGAAGUGGAGAAAGAGGUGGUAGCUCUUUACCCAAGAAACUGAACAACAGUCGUUUGCAGCCGGUGAGCUUACCGUUCGGCGGGGCACGUCCUAAACAACCGGUCGGUCUCAAACUGCAGAUCCCCCGGCCCAUAUACGAACAGGUCCAGAACCAGCUAGCACCUUCUGCUAACACCGCCGGCAGCAUUACCUGUGGCGGAAAGAACAAGAACUUUGAGAACCGUGGCAGUGCCGUAGUCAUGGAUACGGGAACUGUAGUUGCCUUGGGCGACCCUGGUGGUGUUGUGAAGGGGGAGUUGCUAACCGGGGAGUCUCCGUCAUCGGGCCUGGUGGAGGUGUCAGAGAGCAGCCCGGAUAAUGACUUCCAGGCAGGGCAGCAUCACCAGGGGGCUCUGCCCAGGAAACAGCUCUCCUCCCUGGGGGUGGUAGCCCCCGUGUGGGUCCCUGACUCCCAGGCUCCAGUCUGUAUGAAGUGUGAGGUCCGCUUCACCUUCACCAAGAGGAGGCAUCACUGCAGGGCCUGUGGAAAGGUGGGUGUUCUGUGCUGCCUGAGGAGCAGACUGAUCUACAUGGACAGGAAGGAGGCCAGAGUCUGUAUCACCUGUCACUCUGCCCUACUGAGUGCUCAUUCGAGGGAGGGUAUGUGUGACGGGUCUAACCAGAGUCCUAACCCCAACAACCCAGCAGAGUACUGCAGUACCAUCCCACCUCUGCAGCAGGUUCAAGCCUCAGGGGCGCUGGCCUCCCUUCCCCCCACUGUCAUGGUCCCUGUGGCAGUCCCCAAAACACCCAGCUCAGAGGGGUCUCUCGCGCGGGAGCAGAGGAGGGUGUGCUUUGCAGACGGGAUCCUACCCAAUGGGGAAGUAGCGGAAUCCCCCAAGCCCCCUGCUACCAGCCCCGCUCCCUCGCGUCCAUUGGCCGUCUCGCAGUGUUCCAACAAAUCCUCCACUGCUGAUUCAUCAGAGACAUUGUCCCCGGCUCCUGCAUCCCCAGUGGGAAGCCCUGUAGGCAGCUCCAUCAGUCUAAUUCCGGAGGACGGACUUCCUCCCAUCCUCAUCUCCACCGGAGUUAAAGGAGACUAUGCGGUGGAGGAGCGUCCCUGUGAGACCGUUCUGAUGCAGCAGCUGGAGGAGGGAGGUCCUGACCCCUUGGUGUUUGUGCUCAACGCUAACCUGCUGGCCAUGGUCAAACUGGUCAACUACGUAAACAGGAAGUGUUGGUAUGUGACCAGUAAGGGGAUGCAUGCAGUGGGCCAGGCUGAGGUGGUGGUGCUGCUGCAGUGUCUGCCUGACGAGAAGAGCAUCCCCAAAGACCUCUUCAGCCACUUCGUACAGCUCUACCAGGAGGCCCUCACAGGUAACGUUCUGACCCAUCUGAGCCACUCGUUCUUCACCCAGAGUUUCCUGGGCAGCAGGGAGCAUGGAGGGUUCCUCUACGUCAGCCCGUCCUUCCAGUCCCUCCAGGACCUGAUGCUCCCCAACCCCCCCUACCUGUUUGGGGUGUUACUGCAGAAGUGGGAGACCCCCUGGGCCAAAGUGUUCCCCAUCAGACUCAUGUUCCGGCUGGGUGCAGAGUACAGAUUCUACCCCUGCCCUCUGUUCAGUGUGCGGUUUAGAAAACCCCUGUUUGGAGAGACCGGCCACACCAUCAUGAACCUGCUAGCAGACUUGCGUAACUACCAGUACACGUUGUCCAUGGUGAAGGGUCUGGUGGUGGACAUGGAGGUGAAGAAGACCUGCAUCAAGAUCCCCAGCAACCGAUACAACGAGCUGAUGAAGGCUAUGAACAAGUCCAAUGAGCACGUCUUGGCCAUGGGGGCGUGUUUCAACGAGCGGGCCGACUCCCACCUGGUGUGUGUUCAGAACGAUGACGGAAACUACCAGACACAGGCCAUCAGCAUUCACCAUCAACCACGCAAAGUGACCGGCGCCUGCUUCUUUGUGUUCAGUGGUUCUCUAAAGGCAGGACACCUGGCCAAGACCAGCAUCGUUGAAGACGGUGUGAUGGUGCAGAUCACAGGAGAGACUAUGGACGCUCUACGGCAAGCCCUGAGGGACAUGAAGGACUUCAGUAUCACCUGUGGCCUGGUCGACCAGGAGGAUGGCCAGGAACAUGUUCACAUACAGUGGAUAGAAGAUGACAUCAACUUCAACAAGGGAGUGAUCAGUCCUAUCGAUGGGAAGUCUAUGGAGUCCAUCACUAGUGUGAAGAUCUUCCAAGGGUCAGAGUUCAAGGCCAACGGGAAGGUCAUCCGCUGGACAGAGGUGUUCUACCUCCAGAGUGAUGACCAGGCUCAGCCCAACGGUCUGAGUGACCCUGCUGAUCACAGCCGCUUGACGGAGAACGUGGCGAGGGCGUUCUGUGUGGCGCUGUGCCCGCACCUGAAACUGUUGAAGGAGGAUGGCAUGGCCAAGCUGAGCCUACGGGUCACCCUCGACUCAGAGCAGGUGGGUUACCUGGCGGGCAGUAACGGCCAGCCUCUCCUCCCCCAUUACUUGAGCGACCUGGACAGUACCCUGAUCCCUGUCAUCCACAGCGGGGCAUGUCAACUCAGUGAGGGCCCUGUCAUCAUGGAGCUGGUUUUCUACAUCCUGGAGAUUAUCUCCUAGGAGACGGAUGCAACGGACCCCCCCCUCUCGUCUCCUGGUUCUCCCUUUCUCCCCGCCACCACCUCUUUCCCCCCCCCUCCCAUUCUGCCUUGCCUCCCAUCCCUUCAGAGAGGGGCUGAAAACUGAGCAGGGCAGCUAGCUAAUGUUACUAUCCCUUCACCAGACGUACAGCUAGCUCUGCUGGUUAGCUUCCAGCUAGCUAAUGUUGCUAUCCCUUCACCAGACGGACAGCUAGCUCUGCUGGUUAGCUACCAGCUAGCUAAUGUUGCUAUCCCUUCACCAGACGGACAGCUAGCUCUGCUGGUUAGCUACCAGCUAGCUAAUGUUGCUAUCCCUUCACCAGACGGACAGCUAGCUCUGCUGGUUAGCUACCAGCUAGCUAAUGUUGCUAUCCCUUCACCAGACGGACAGCUAGCUCUGCUGGUUAGCUACCAGCUAGCUAAUGUUGCUAUCCCUUCACCAGACGGACAGCUAGCUCUGCUGGUUAGCUACCAGCUAGUUAAUGUUGUUAUCCCUUCACCAGACGGACAGUUAGCUCUGCUGAUUAGCUACCAGCUAGCUAGCGUCCCUCCACUCCACCUAUGCACCAUCUCUUCUCUGUCCUUGGACCAGAUCACAUGAUCCAGGAAGUCUGAGUAGCAUUCCAGUUCCACUGUGGUAGCUAGAGGACAAAGCAGAAGCACUGUACUCUGGGAAAUGUAUUCUCUGAAGGCCUUGUUGUAGCAUAGGGUGCUCUGAGGACCUGACGGAGAGGUGUCCAGAGCUCUGCCUGAUGAAACAGCGCUUCUAUCUCCGCUGACAGGGACUUCACGCGGUCCGGUGAGCUAGGAAGAUUAAAAAAAAAAAAACUCAGAUAAGGAGAGAGAGAGAGAGGAAGCAUCCUCCUGUUGAUGCGGUUUCAUUUGCACCCCGGUGCUCAGUGUCAGUGCCUGCAGGCACAACUCUUCACAGAGGAAGGGUUUAAGGAAUGAUUGAAGGAAGGAUGCAAGAGAAGGAAGGACUCUCCUCGGGUCUUCAGGCUGGCCUCUUUAGCUUUAUCCCAUGAUGACCAGAUUCUUUAUUUAGGGACGUGGACGGACUACAGUCUGUAUGCUCUAGUUGUUGUUGUUGGAAUGUUUUCUAGGCAGCACAACUGUAGUUGUCUCACUAGAUCCUCCUGUAGCAGAGAUACAGCAUCCUAUUCCCUAAUUAGGGCACGACUUGACCCCAUAGGCUUUUGGUGAAAAGUAGUGAGCUAUAUAGGGGAUAGGGGUCCAUAGAUUUGGGAUGCAAACCAAGCCCUCUGCUGUGUGAAUAAGGACCUAAACAGAUCUGGGGCCCAGCCCAGGACUGCCCUCUGCUGUGUGAAUAAGGACCUAAACAGAUUUGUAAGAAUUAUGUUAGUUCUGUUCUUGAGGAUGAGAAACUGUAAGGUCUUAUUUUUGAUCUGUCAAUAUUCUUUUUGUCGAUAAAUUUGGCAGAACAACCCAUCCCCCCCCCCCCAUAGACAUGCUGACAUUUCGUAAAAAUAAUGACGGUAAAUCUGAAGUUGUGUGUAAACAAAGAUCAAUACAAUAUAUUAUUAAGUACUUGAGACAUGACCAUUGUGGUUUUGUCGAGGGUUUUGUUAGUAUAAAACAAAAUGCCUACGAUAUGAUCGACCAGUGCUACGAUAGAUAGACAGUCUCAUCUGUAAACUCAGACAAUCACGCAUGAAUAUCUGCAGGAGAUGCAUUGACAAACAUCAUUAAGGUAUACGUUUGUAUACUAUAUGUAUUAAAGAAUAGUAAUUUUAUUGUAAAGAUAAAAUAAAUGUGGUUGGCAGACAGUAUUGAGGAUGUAGUAUAACGAGGACAAUGAAUAAAUAAACUGCUAUGGACAAAUGACAUUAAAAUGGUUAUUGUUGGAGGUUUUCAUUCCUCCUGGGUCGUGUUCAUUAGGCACCAAACGGAAGAAAACGGACAAACAGGAAGGGACUAACUGACCUACCUGUCCAAUAAGGAACACUUGUUUUCAUUUUCCACUACAAAACGUUUUGCAGGUAAUUAAUACAGCCCCGUUGUGUCAGCCUGAGUUGGAGUUGUCCAAUAAGAAACACUCUUUUGGUCUCUUUUGCAAAAUAUUUUCUGUAACAUGCCCUAAUGAACAGCACCCAGUUUUCUGGAGAGAUGAUCAUCGACAUGGGUGUGUCAGUGACUUCCUUAUCCUCACACUGCAGUGUGCAACUUCAAUAGGCAACAUUUUAAAGAUUAUUUUGGUCCCUCGAUUUUCCAUGGAUGUAUUGGAACCAAACGAAACGGGGCGGGACCUACCUAAAAAUGGUCCAAUAUAAACUCUUGUUGUUGCAAAACGUUUUUUCCGUUUGCUUACGGUGUGCACUAGUGAAUACACCCUUUGACUUUUUCCCCCCUUGGCAUUACUUCAGGUGUGCGAAUACCCAAAGGUUUAGACUUGACGGUAGCAUUUUGUUUUUCAAUGAAACCGACUUCUACCAGAACUCGUACUGCAUGUAUACAGAAACAAAACUAAACAAGCUCGCCAAUGGUGACGAGAGGAAACCAACUACUCUGCAGACAAUAUUCUGCCGUCGUGUGGAUUGAGUCAACACAAACAUCCAUUUAAAUCAGUCCUGAACGUGGCUGGAUUUUCAGAAAAAUCAUGUUUCUUUUUCAUUUCAACAUUUGGACAUCAAUUAUUAAAAAAAAAUGUAUCUGUAUGAAAAGCCAAAAACCCUGUACAUCUUAUUUUUCUUUACUGUACAUUUACAAAUGUCUAAACCAGUCUAUCAAAAACUGUAGUAUAAUAAACAUGUAUAGAAAAG